CCUGUUUUCCCUGCCCCGUGUGGAGCGUAAACCCCCCGCCGACGACGGACCUCGACCCGUCCAUGUGAGAGCGGAGAGCCCGGAGCAGCAUGGCCGCCAUGCUAGGAGAUGAUGACUUUGAUCAAUUUGAUAAGCCUGGCGCAGAAAGGUCUCGAAGAAGACGACCUACAGAUGAUGACUGGGACAGUGAAAUGGAGGAUGAUCUGCUUGAAGAAGACUACUUGCCUGGAAAAAAGGCUUCACCAGACCUUUCUGAUGAAGAGCUCAAUGAUGACCUCCUCCAGAGUGACGAGGAGGAACAGAACCCAGCUGAUUAUAGUGCCCAGGGAGUCACUGUUAGCCUGAAUGCAACUACAGGGGGCAUGUCAUCAUUUGACCUCUCUCGGAGCAUAAAGGAGGAGCAAGAAGAGUCUCCAGCUGUAGAAGGUGAUCUUCAAGAUCCUGAAAAUGAGGAGAUGUAUGAGGAAGUAGAAGACCUGGAAGCAGGUGCAGAUGAUUUUGUGGAGUCCUAUGAAGACAAUUAUGAGGUACCUGAUGAGCAGAUAGAAUAUCAGGAUGAAGUAACUACGGACGGGGUUUUAGACCUUGAGAUCACUGAGCCUCUGGAUGAAUUUCAAGAGGAAGAAGUCUCACAGGCAUACAAAAGGCAGAAAGUGAGUAAGGAGCAGUAUGUGGAAGAUGUGGGGGAGGAAGCAGAAGAUGCUCCUGAGGAAGCAGAACAGCAAGAUCCUGCCAAUACUACUGAAGAAGGUCUAAUUGAUUUUCAAGAAUUACCCCCAGACAUUAAAGAGGAGUCAGAUGAUGAGGAUGAAGAGGAGGAUGAAGGUCGUCGUAUCCGUUUCAAAACAGAACGAAAGGAAGGGACAAUCAUCCGGCUUUCGGAUACUAACCGCGAAAGGCGCAACAUUCCAGAUACAUUGGAACUUUCGGCAGAAGCAAAGGCAUCCUUAAUGGAAUUUGAAGAAAUGGAGCGUCAGCGCAAAUCAGGACGCUAUGGUCCUAGAAGAGGUGGCAGGAGAGGAGGCAACAAUGCAAUGCACCGUGGAGUGAUUGACCAAAGGCAUAAUCAAAAUGAUAGGAGGAACCUUAGGGAGCAAAGAUCAAAUCAAGGGCAGCCCAUUCGAACCUUAUUCCAGCAGCAGCAACAGCGUAUUCAGCCUCUCCUACCUAUGCAGAGACCCCAGCAUGAUGGCUCACAAAUGCAACAGGAGAAGACUAGAGCACAGGCCACGCCUCUAUCAACCCCACCUCAUCAAUCUAAAAAUAUUCACAUUAAUCCUCAUUUUAAGGGGAAUGUGACAUCUGUUCAAGUACCACUGCUUUCAGUCCCAAAUCAACCUCGUCCAGCAGUGGGGCCACCAAGGUUUCCAGGCCUGCCAGACUUUCCGCAUGUCUCUGGUUCUGGUCCUGUCAAUUUCAAUCCACCUCCAAGACUUCAAGAACCUUGGAGGAACACGCCGCCACCACCACCACCACCACCCCCCCAGCCUGAGCGUGAGCAGUUUUUCAUUGGAGAGCCACGGUUUCCUAACCAUCAUAUGUUUGAUCAAAGAAAUCCUCCUCCUUCAAUGCCUCCACCUCCACUUCUUAACAGUAACCUCCCUGGCCCCAAUCAGAACCCACCACCAUUCAGUCCACCUGGACAGGGCUUCAACCAGCCAGGCCCACAGCAGAGAUUCAGUCAGCCCCAGUCUAACUUUAAUCCUCCUGGACCUGGUCAACAAGCAGGCUUUAAUCCCCCUGGGCCCCAAGCAGGUUUUACUCAGCCUCGAUUCAAUCAGCCUGGACCACAGCCAGGCUUCAGUCAAUCGGGUCCUCAGCCCAACUUUAACCCCCCAGGUCCGCAGUCUGGUUUUAACCCACCCGGUCAACCAGGUUUUCAACCAAAUUUUAACCAAUCGGGCCCCCCUCCUGGGUUCAACCAGUCUGCCCCUCAGGUGCCAUUUAACCCACCAGGAAUGAACCAGCCUGGUUUUAACCAGCAAAAUCCUGGACCUCAGCCAGGAUUUAACCAGCCAGGAACUGGUCCACAAUCAAACUUUCCGCAGCCUGUCCCUGGACCCCAACAAGGAUUUAAUAACCCCGGAUUUACAAGAGAGCGACCCGUUCGAAUUAACCUGCCACCUCCAGGGCCAAUGGGAAUUCCACCAUUCAGUCAACAAUCUACAAAUAUAAGACAUUUUCCUCCACCAAGGCAACAAUUUUCACCAGGUCCUGGACAACCCUUCAUGCCUCACAAUCAGUCGAAUAUGCAGAGACCCAUGCAGCCUCCCCUUCAGACUUUGCAUCAGCAUCAUCAGCAGGGAGGACAACAAAAGCCUCCAAUGCCCAUGCCACAGACUGCUCCAUUUAGAGCUCAUUCACAGAACCCAUCACACAGAAUGCCAGGACCUCGACACCCUGCUUUAAAACAAAGACAGAGUACACCAUUGCAACACAUGAUGAAGGCUCACAGUCAACAAGUAGCACAUGCAAGAAACAGCAACUUGCGAGAGCUGCCUAUAGCGCCGUCUCAUUCUGUAGAUAUGAAUAAGAGAAAAGCAACCUCUGCUCCUGCUGCGCAUGUCAUUCCUGUGGCUACCACAGCACCACAACCCAGAUCAGUUAGUGCUGAAAGUGCACAAGCAGCCAAGCCCGGAGACACCACCAGCACAAUAAAAGCAGAUGUUAAAGUUGAAGAACAGUUCCCCGAUGAGGACGAAGAGACCAGGAAAUACCGCUUAAAAAUUGAAGAACAGAAACGUUUGAGAGAGGAGAUUUUGAAGCAGAAAGAACUGCGUCGUCAACAACAGGCUGGAGCCAGGAAAAAGGAGCUUCUCCAAAGACUUACGCAGCAGCAGCCACCGCAACAGGCUAGCAGUGCACAGGAAAGCCAGCUCGACACAGACAAACAGACUGUAAAGUCAGAAAACAACAGCAGCCAGAUUUUGCCUCAAGUUACUUCGCAGGUGCGGCCAAAUGUGAAGAAUAGACUGCUUUCUAAGAGGUCUGAGGCUUUGACAACCUCUCCACAAAAAAUUCCUCAUCUGCAAACUGCUGUACCCAAUGUAACAUUUCAGGGGCAACAGAAGAAAGUCAUUAAGCAGACAAUGCAAAACAAAGUGUUAGAGUGUCCUGCUUCAAAGGUUCAGCAGGUCCGGCCUGGAAUGUCAGCCCCAUCUCUGGCCUCACAACAUGCUGUUAAAGUAGUUCCAGUUGAGGGCAAGCCACCAGAGCAGAGACUUGCUGGUACAAAGAGGACUGUCAUGCAGAGGUCAAACAGCAGCUCUGGAGAAGGAGCUCAUAUAGCACCAAAAGUCCGUGUGAUUAAGUUAUCCACAGGGGCUGAGAACAAUGCACUGGAGCCUGCAGAAGGUGGUCACCAACCACAGGUUCCUCAGCAGAGAAUCCCAUCUCAGCAAAGAAUUGUGUCUCAGCAAAGGCUUCCAAUGCAGCAGCAACUGAGACCACAAAUGCAGCAGCAACUGAGACCACAAAUGCAGCAGCAACUGAGACCACAAAUGCAGCAGCAACUGAGACCACAAAUGCAGCAGCAACUGAGGCCACAAAUGCAGCAGAGGCUGCAGAUGCCACAGCAGCAGAUGCAACAGCAGCAGAGGCCGCAGAUGCAGCAGAGACCACUAAUGCAGCAGCAACGCCCUCAGCAAAGAACAGGGCCAGUGCGGAAAGUAACAUUAGGAAAAGCAAGUGUUCAGCAGCAACAACAGUCUCAGCAGCAGCAGUUUCAAGUAAAGCCCCAUCCACAGCUUUCAGGAUCCACAGGUUCCCAGAUUGUAACUAGUGUCCAAGGAUAUCGCCCUGCAAAUAAGGUCAUUAUGCGAGGGAGAGGCAGAGGAGUUGGUGGACAGAUGGGCCGCGGACACCCGAUGCCAAAUAAACAAAACCUUCGUAUGGCGGAGUGCACUCCUCAGACUUGCGUUGUGUCAGUUGAAGGGCUUUCUUCAUCAACCACUGAUAACCAGUUGAAAAACUUGCUGAUGUCAGUAGGACCAAUUGAGGAUCUCCAGAUGUUUCCUCAUCAGAGAAAAGCCAUAGCAACUUUUGAGAAUCAGCACCAUGCUUUGCAGUUCCAGCAGAGAUUUCACAGGCACAUGAUAGACUUAUCACACAUCAACGUAUCGAUGGUUGCAGAAUGAUUUCGUUCACAGAACAUCACUGGACACUUUGCUCGGAAAGAUGUUUAGUGGACAGCGCAGUGUCCCAGCGUGUACUCUGGAUAUCUCGAUUCAGGACAAUGUGUGAACAGAGGGACAGACCUGUUUGGAUCUUUGCUAUUGUGUGUUCUUUCGGAACGCUGAUCUUUGCAUGUAGGUCUGUGUGUGAUGAACACAUUCUUUAUUUGUA